AUGGCCAUUCAUUACAGUUGGUCCAGAAAACACAAGAAUGAAGGUGACCCCUCUAGAUGUACUGUAUGGAUCAGGGUCAAACCUCACUCUGUCCUGCUCCUCUGAGUCCAGUCCUCCAGCCAGUUUCAGUGGGCUAUGAAUAGAACACUGCUGUCCAAUAAGGGACCAGAACUCAGGCUGGAGAACAUCCAGGCCAAUCAGAGUGGUAGCUACAGCUGCUGGGCCCAUAAUACCAGAACCCUGAGGUACCAGACACCUGAGCCCUCUGACAUCACUGUGCUGGGUAAGUGACAGAGAGGAGAAGGAGACAGUCAUGGGAGGAAAGAGAGAGACUGGUUCUGGGGAGUCAUGGCUGAACUGACUGAAAUGUUUGAGGUUUGUGCUCCAGUCCUAGAGACAUCUUUGUCCUUUUCCUUACAAUGUGUACAUUUGGCGGGUAGCCUUGUUCUCCAUGAAGUAGAACAGAUAGUCUCUUUCAACAGAGAACCUACAUAUGAAAAGAGAGACCUAUGAGUGGCACGUGAGACAAAGCAGAUGGCAUUGGAUUAUUAGCUGAUACUGUACUGAAUACUGCAUAUGGGUUAUUCCAAGCAGGGUUGGUUGCUCUGGUUGUGAGGACAUUUUCUGUGUGAGCAUUGUAUGUAGUAACUGACCAUUGCUCUUUUUUAAAAACAUUCUAGUCAUUUAGCAGAUGCUCGUAUGCAUACGUUUUGGUACUUUUUCAUACUGGUCCCCCGUAGGAAUCAAACCCACAACCCUGGCAUUGCAAGCACCAUGAAGAAAAAGCAAACCACAUAACACGAUCACCUCUUUGUUACCAAUGGCCUGAAUAGUAUCCAUAUGGAGGAGGAUGAACAGAUAAUCAAGGAGGUGUUGUCAUAGCUUUGAGAGCUCUUCCGCAUCGAUUACACUUCUAACCUUAAUAAUUUAUUCACAUUUUCCAUAUACUGUACCAUGUGCAGGCUUACUUUCUUUAUCAUACACAACCUUUACAGUGUUGCAUGUCAUUGAUUAUUUCACGUGUGCUCAUCGUGUCUUCAGGAAACUGUUACUGUUUGACAAGAUAAUAUAUCAUCUAUACUGAACAAAAAUAUAAAAGCAACAUGCAACAGUUUCAAAGAUUUGACUGAGUUAAAGUUCAUAGAAGGAAAUCAGUCAAUUGAAAUAAAUUCAUUAGGCCCUAAUCUUUGGAUUUCACAUGACUGGGCAGGGGCGCAGCAAUGGGUGUGCCUGGAAGGUCAUAGCCAGGCGCAGCUAAUCAGAAUGAGUUUUUCCCCACAAAAGGGCUUCAUUACAGACAAAAAUAGUACAGAAUAGUAAUGAUCAUGCUGUUUAAUCAGCUUCUUGAUAUGCCACACAUGUCAGCUGGAUGGAUUAUCUUGGCAAAGGAGAAAUGCUCACUAACAUGGAUGUUGUCACGUAAACGCAGGGAGUAGAAGCAUGUGCAGAAGGAGAGUUUAAUAACAAUGAUGCCAGGCAAAUGAACAAAACAGGAGAUGCAUACUGAACAUGAAAACAAACCAAUACUGCCUGAUGAUUGAGGCUACUGAGGGCUAAAUAAAGGGAAGGUAAUCAAGGUGAUGAUGAAGUCCAGGUGUGCGUAAUAAUGGUUGCCAGUGCCGGUGGUUAGUAGACCGGCGACGUCGAGCGCUGGAGAGAGGGAGAGGGAGCGGGAGUAGGCGUGACAGAUGUAAACAAAUUUGUGCACACAAUUUGAGAGAAAUACAUUUUUGGAACAUUUCUGGGAUCUUUUAUUUCAGCUCAUGAAACAUGGGAUCAACACUUUAAAAGUUGCGUUUACAUUUUUGUUCGGAAACAUUAUAAUCUAGGCUACAAUCUGUAUUAUCAAACCAACCUCUCUGAUUCAUAUAACCAUUAUCCUUCACAGAACCAAUAUCUGGUGCUAUCAUAACAACUUCCCCAAAUCCUCCAAUCAUCGAGGGGAAUUCUGUCACCUUAACAUGUGAUGCUUCUGGCUCCAUCAUCAGCAGAGAGUGGAUGGAGGAUGGUCAGUUUCUGUCUGCUGGUGGCAACAUGAUCAUCUCUGAGGAUAAUAGAGUGCUGUCCAUAAACCCUGUGAAGAGAACAGACAGUGGAGAAUACCUGUGUAGAGUCAGUAACCCCAUCAGCACCGCUGAUGCUAAACACAUUCUCAUUGUAAACUGUAAGUAGGUCUACUCUGCUAUAAGCCUGGGGUUACAAUUACUGUGUUUUAACCUAUAUUUUUUCUUUUUGCAUUUUUAGUUCAAAAAUUAACAGCAAAAGGUUAUUUGAGGAUCCAUUAAAAGGAGAUCUUUGAAGAACCCUUUUAGAGGGUUCUUCAAAGAAUUUAUAGGGCUUCCCCCACAGUUUCAAUUUGAAGAACCCCUGAAGGAUCCUCCAGGAACCUUUUGUUUUUAGAGUGUAUAUAUAACAGUUUGAGUGUGUAACAUCACACUGAUUACCAAAUAAUAAACACAUGGCUACCUCUAAUUGGAAUGGUGAUCUGUGUUACAGAUGGACCUGAUGGUAUGGAAAUCAAGGGUCCAACUGAAAUAGAAGUAGGACAGAAGUUUACAUUGACCUGCUCUGCUGACUCCAACCCCCCUGCUCGUUACACCUGGAUGCUCAAUGGAACAGAGAUACCUGGACAUUCACAUGAGUUCACUAAGGAAAAUAGUGAAUACUCUGACCGUGGGAAUUACACCUGUACAGCAACAAAUUAUGUCACUGUGACCAAAACAUCUGUGGUCCUUAAACUGUCAGUAAAAGGUAAAGUUAUCAGAAGCUGUAAAAACAAUAUGAGAUAGUUAUUAAAUGGUUUGAUAUAAGAUGAUUUACUCAUAUAUUAUUUUAUCAAUUCAAACUUGUUUUGAAAUCAUUCCUUUAGUUUUCUUUGUUGUGGUGUCACCCAGAUGUAGUAUAUUGUGGAGUACUGCCUAUUCACUGGGUAGCCUCUCUCUCAUCUCUGCAUCUCUGGUUCUUUCGCCAUCUCUGCAUCUCUGGUUCUUUCUCUGGUCUCUGCAGUGGAGGACUCUUUAUCACCAGGUCUGCCUGCUGGUGCCAUCGUUGGGAUUGUGAUUGGAAUAUUGCUGGUUGCGGGAGGAGCUGUUGGUGUUGCAGUGUUCUUCAUCAGGAAAUAUGCGUGAGUAAAAAAAUAUGUUUCAGUCAAACAAGUGUAUUUUCUAUCACUGCAGUUUGUAGAACAUGUUGGCUCAGUUUACACAUUGAUUAAAACUGGUCACCAACAGGGCCUGGUUGUAUUUAAAAAGCACUGUAAACUGUCAAGAGCACUGUAAUAUUAUGUUCUUAUUACUUCACUGUGAACUGUCAAAAGCACUGUAAUAUUAUGUUCUUAUUACUUCACUGUAAACUGUCAAAAGCAUUGUAAUAUUAUGUUCUUAUUACUUCACUGUGAACUGUCAAAAGCACUGUAAUAUUAUGUUCUUAUUACUUCACUGUAAACUGUCAAAAGCACUGUAAUAUUAUGUUCUAAUAACUUUCUAAACAGCAACCUUUCCACGUUUAUUUAUUGUUGUAUAUAGAACCAAUGCUGAGCCAAUGCAUCGAGGAGGUACGCAUACUGUAUCUCUAAUCUUACGGGUCGUUAUGGCAUAUCUAAUUAAUAAUGUUUUAAAAUGUUUGUGUACUCCACAUUUAUGUUUAGUGAAUUAGCAGAAACUAUUAUCAAGAGCAACUUACAGUUUCCACAAAAUAAUUAAAUGGAUUCAGAUAAAUUACAUGAUAUAGUACAACACCACUAUGACAUUGCUUUAUAAUGUAACAAUGCGUAUGCAGACAAAUGCAAACAAGAUAUAAGCAUUUAUACAACCCCUCGAUUUGUGUAUCUCUUACAGGCUCUCAACAACCUGUAUAUGAGAACCCAUCAGCUUUAUGUGAGAACCCACAACCAAAUAAAUCUCUGCCCAGACCCCUGACAGUAAGUAAGACCUGGUUACCUGGGAUGUGUCCGUGCAUGUUUGUAUUCUACUACAGUCUCACUGUAAUAAAGAUGACUUUGCUUAACAAGAAAUUCAGUAUGCGAUGACUGUUUACCUAUGAUAGUGUUAUCCAGGAAGUUUCCAUUUUUGACUCAAUAACAGCCAUUUACAAUAUGCAUUAGCGUAUGAUCACUAUAAAGGUUUCUUCAGGACUGUGAGGUUUCAUUUUUUUGUCAUGGCAACUGUUGUUGUGGCUGUUCCUUCUGUGUAAUCUUUUUUAAUUUAAGCUUCAUCACAAAUUAGGAAAUGCAGGACUUUAGAAGUACCUAUGAUACGAAGAUAAUGGUAAGUUUGAGUUAGACCACACAGCACCAUGUGACUACAACACCAUCAAAACCAUUGAUUUAUGUGAUAUUUGUAAAGUGGUCUUCAUGUUGUGUCACUGCUGAUAAAUGGAAGUUAAUGUUGCUUUCUGUUCUCGCUUACCUUCAAUCUAACAGUAAGAGAAGUCAAUGAAAAAGACCU